GCGUGCGGAGCGCGCGGUGCUGACGCGGCAGCGGCGGCCGGGCCGGACCGGGCCGAGCGCGGACAUGGUGGCCAAGCAGCGCAUCCGCAUGGCCAACGAGAAGCACAGCAAGAACAUCACCCAGCGAGGGAACGUCGCCAAGACCUCGAGAACGGCCCCGGAGGAGAAGGCGUCGGUCGGGCCCUGGCUGUUGGCUCUGUUCAUCUUCGUGGUCUGCGGAUCAGCCAUCUUCCAGAUCAUCCAGAGUAUCCGGAUGGGCAUGUGAGGGGCCGGUUUCGGGCCAUGGCCCUCCGGCCCCGGCCGCCGCGGCAGCUGCCGAGGAGCGGCGCGCGGCACCGGCCGUGUCGCAUUCCAGGUCCCUUCACGAGUCAUUCCGAGUUUUCUAGCCCGUGCCACAGUGCCUUGAACAGCACCACAUGUAUAAAGCAAUAAAAGUCUGUUGUUGAUCUACAAUCGUGGACCUACUUAUUCGCUGAAGAUCCAGCCUGGUCUCUAGUACGUGGUCCAUAGGAACUGACAUCUGUUGUAAACACCGGUCCCAGAUCAGCGUCACCAUCGCCGUGACGCUGGAAAUGGUUUUCUUUGACGCUGGAAGCCAGGAUUCCUGUAGAGGCUGGAGCCCGACCGUGCAGCAUGUUCCCGAGGAGCCCCUGCGGCUCCGCAGCCCUGCCGUGCAUUCUCCGUGUGUGUGUAGGGUCAGCCCACUGCAGCAUGUGGCAGUGCUCGCACUCGUCCUUGCACCACGGCACCGCCUGUAGCUUUGUCCUAAUCCAUGCAAAAUGCUUGUCUGUGUAGGGGUAGUGGGGUAGUGAGGAACAGGGCACGGCCGGGCAGCAGCUGCUCCUGACAGGACCCGGUGCCGGAGCUUCAUGGACUGAGGGAGCACCGUGGCCAGACCUGCAGCUCCCCGAGCCUCUCCCGGCUGUGCCUGUGCUGUAAAUACUCUUUGGACAACUUUCAGCAAGUGGUGAUAGUUUUAAAUUCGACGAUGUUGUGUGGGAAUAUUGGGCGCGGGGCGGGGGUGACGUGCUGCCCCCCCCCCCACCCGCAGUUCUGCUUCUGUCUGUGCAGCCCCUGCAGAGUGUGGUGUGUCUUGCAUUAUAUAUUUAAUCCUAUUUAAGGUAAAACCUGCCUUCAACUCGAUUUCUUUUAACAAUGGAUCCAGUACUUAACUGCUUCCCUACUGGUGAUCACAGUUCUUUCUUCUGUAGACAACUGUAACUUGAGAUCACAUGGAAAAUGCUGCUAUUGAUCAUAUUUCCCUGCUGAUGGCCCCGACUCCUGCUGGCUCUGCUGUCUGCGUGGUGACAAAGGUGAUGGGAAUUGCUCUGCUGGUGCACACAGUUGCUAAAGGAAGAUUUCUUUUUUCCAGGUUUCUCAGUAGAAGACAAAUUUUAUGUCUGGUUACACUAGAAAUAAUAGAAAACUAAAUGGGUUGAGGUUCAUGAAAUGCCUGUUAGCUGUGAAGGAGCAGAUCUUUUGUACGUGUUGUAUUUGCAUAUGGAAUCAUUGGGACUGGUGUGAGGCAGCGCAGCCCGAGCACGGGGCCGCCCCAGGGCACGGGGACCUUGUGCUGGGACACUUGAGUGCUGUGGCAGGGGAAGUCUGUAUAAUCGCUGAUUUUAAAUAAAGUUCUUUUCAAAUGCAA